AUGCUCAUCCUUCUCGCUCACGCGCUGCUCAACACGGUCGCCGGAUUGGGCCUGCCCAACCCGUUAGUCUUCGAGCCAUCGACUGGGGCGCUGAAGCUGGCCUCCGCAUCCGGCGCGCUGCCAAUCCUGUACGAUUCAGGCGAUCCCGAAGCAGUACACAUCGCCGUGGCGACGUUUGCCGAGGAUGUCCUGCGUGUUGUGGGCGUCAAACCCGAACUUAACGCCGGCGUGCUUCCGCCUGGGACAACUGCCGCAAUUAUUGUAGGAACUGUCGGCUCUACGCUGCUCAAGUGUGUGCGGGAUCAUGCUGGAGACAGCUUUGAAAUUCCUCACGAGCAGCUACCUCUGGCGGCACCGGGCUUAUCUACUGAUGACUGGGAGGCCUUUGACGCCCGGGUCAUUUCCCGCCCGAUCGAUGGCAUUGACGAAGCCCUAGUUAUAACCGGCAGCGAUAGGCGCGGAACGAUCUACGCCCUCUAUACCCUCUCGGAACAUAUGGGCGUCUCGCCGUGGUACUGGUGGGCCGACGUUCCGCCGACCCAACACGAGACGGUCGCGUUUCGCCGCGAUGCGGUACAUGCCCAUGGCCCACCGACGGUCAAGUACAGGGGUUACUUCCUGAACGAUGAGCAGCCCGUACUGUGGAACUGGGCGCGCGAGCAUUUCCACAUGGGCCAGAAACCGCCCUUCCAAGUGGAAAUGUAUGCGAGGAUGUUCGAGCUCCUCCUCCGCCUGAAGGGGAACUACAUGUGGCCGGCGAUGUGGGAGAGUAUGUUCGCUGUUGAUGGAUUGGAUGGCCUCCCAAACCCUCCUAAGCCGGGUCCGAAUCAGGAGUUGGCCGAGAGGUAUGGCGUGGUGAUGGGGACGUCACAUCACGAGCCCAUGUCUCGUAACCAGAAGGAGUUUACGACGUUCGGAUCGGGCGAGUGGAACUUUACAACCAACGUCGACUUUCUUCGCGGAUUCUGGCGGUAUGGUGCGGAGCGGGCUCGGGAGUGCGAAACGGUGUAUACGGUCGGUAUGCGGGGUGAUGGAGACUUGCCGCUCGAUGGAGCGGAUGUGCACCUCCUUGAGAAUAUUACUGCAGAGCAGCAGGCCAUCCUGCGAAAGGUCCACGGCGAGGAUAUCAGCGGCAUACCCCAGAUGUGGGCAAUGUACAAGGAGGUAAUGGGAUACUUUGCCAACGGCCUCGAGGUUCCGGAUGAGGUGACGCCGCUCUUGUCGGACGAUAACUGGGGAAACUUGAUGGCAGUGUUGCCUGAGGACAAGGAAUACAAGUCCGGCGGCGGGAUCUACUACCAUGCGGACUACGUCGGCGACCCGCGCGACUACAAGUGGAUCAACACUGUUCCCCUAGCCAAGAGUAAGCCGCCUGGUGAUGUUGCUGACGCAGUGUGGGAGCAGCUGAACGUCGCGCUCGCGUUCAAGACAGACGAGAUCUGGAUCCUCAACGUCGGCGACUUGAAGAUGCUCGAGGUACCGCUCGAGUACUUCUUGGAUAUGGCGUACGACGCUGGCCGAUGGCCACGCAUCUCGCUGGAAGAGUACCUCUCCCUCCGGGCUGAGCGGGACUUUGGUGCUGGCAAACUGGCGGGCGAGAUCGCGGAUAUCAUGGCACGGUACUCGGUCUACGCGUCGCGUCGGAAGGCGGAGCUAGUGGAUAGCGAGACGUUCUCAUUGCUCAACUACGACGAGGGUGAAACUGUACUUGGUCAGUGGCGAGACCUCGAAGCCCACGCCAAGGCUAUAUACGACACUCUACCAGGGCCGUAUCGCAUCCCGUUCUAUGAACUGGUAUAUGUCCAGCUCCAACUGCAAGCCAACUUGUGCCGGCUGUACAUCUCGGCUGCCAAAUCAAACCUAUACGCGACACAGGGUCGAAGUGCUGCGAAUUACUUUGCGCACGAUGCUCUCUUGGCGUUUGAGCGAGACCACCAACUCACGGCCGAGUGGGACCGCCUGCUAGGCGGUAAAUGGAAACACGCGGCUUGGAUCAAGCUCUCGACCGAGGGGGGCCAGAUCAAGGGCGAUGGCUCGGCGGAUGUGCGGGUGUGGAUUAGUGUUGACUGGUCCGCAGCGCCUCAAGUGGAUAAUAUCACUGUGGAGUUCUCGUCAAGCGACGCAAUCAUGGUGGUUACAGUCCCACUGAAACAUGUCAAGCCACCGCCAGAUGGAUGGCACGGCGCUGUAGAGGGGGACGGGUACGUCGCCAUCGAGGCGGGGUCGCCAUCAUACCUGUUCGCACAAGGGGAGUUUUCUUGGGCCGACAUACCGUAUUACGGGCGGACAGUGUCGGGGUUGGCCGUGUUCCCUGUUUCGUCGCGCGAGUUCGAACCCGGACUUGGGCCUAGGGCGAGGUAUGAUUUCUGGGCGACUUCCUCUGGCGAGGUUGAGAUCAUCCUGUAUCUUGGGCCAGCGCUCAACUUCAUCUUGGGGCGCCGGUUGGCUCUGGCGAUACAGGUUGACGAUGGGGAGAUACGGACGAUAUAUCCCGUUCCAGAGGCGGAAGCGGGAUCUUUGCCUCACGAUUGGGAGGGGGUUGUUGCGGAUGAGGUGCGUAAGGUUAGUAUCCGGGCGCAAGUUGGCAAGCCGGGAGCGCACAGCGUCACCGUGUAUGGUGUUACUGCUGGGAUUGUCCUGGAGCGGCUUAUCAUCGACUUUGGCGGCGUCAAGGCGCGGGGAUAUAGCUACCUUGGCCCGCCGGCGUCGACAAUAGUAUAG